AUGUCGCAUAACAGAUUUAUUCAAUCGUUUACUCAAGUCCCCAAAGAGCUGUUCCGUUUGAACAACGGCCCAGCAGUCCAUCUCCGGGCCCAUCCUGGACCUCUGAGACCAGCGGGGUUGUUCGACUUGCUUACGACGGAGGGAAAGGUCAGACCGUUGGCUCUGGAUCCAGCAACCUAUGAAUUCCCGAAUGGCGCCUCGAUGCGAUCCAACUCCAUAUCACAGCAGAGGCUUGUGAGAAGAUUGAAAGGAUCCUCCGCCCUCAUCUACACCCUUCAUGCAGGUACGGAGCUUCCGGAUGAUCUGAUCUUAGUCCACGAGUUUGCAGACCACUAUUCCCUGCAGGCAAGGAGAUCGAUGACGGUGGAGGAGCUCAAUAGCAAGAUCACUCAGUUCUUGACAGCAAAGGGAGAACGUCUUUCGAAAGAACAGUGGCAGCAGAGAUAUCCCACCGCAACAGAAUCACGAUGA